AUGCCGUUCCCCUUUGGCAAGUCCCACAAGUCGCCGGCGGACAUCGUCAAGAACCUUAAGGACAGCAUGACGGUGCUCGAGAAGCAUGACAUUUCUGACAAAAAGGCUGAGAAGGCCACAGAGGAGGUGUCAAAAAGCCUGGUGGCCAUGAAGGAGAUCCUGUAUGGGACCAAUGAGAAGGAGCCCCAAACAGAAGCAGUGGCCCAGCUUGCCCAGGAGCUGUACAACAGUGGCUUGCUCAGCACCCUAAUAGCAGACCUCCAGCUCAUCGACUUCGAGGGUAAGAAGGAUGUGGCUCAAAUCUUCAACAACAUCCUGAGGCGUCAGAUUGGCACCCGGACGCCGACGGUGGAGUACCUCUGCACCCAGCAGAAUAUCCUCUUCAUGCUGCUGAAAGGGUAUGAGUCUCCAGAGAUCGCCCUAAACUGCGGCAUCAUGUUGAGAGAGUGCAUCAGACACGAGCCGCUGGCCAAAAUCACGCUGUGGUCGGAGCAGUUCUACGACUUCUUCAGAUACGUGGAGAUGUCCACCUUCGACAUCGCCUCAGACGCAUUUGCCACUUUCAAAGACCUCCUCACAAGACACAAACUACUGAGUGCAGAGUUCCUGGAGCAGCAUUAUGACAGAUUCUUCAGUGAAUAUGAGAAGUUACUCCACUCAGAAAACUACGUGACUAAGAGGCAGUCCCUCAAGUUACUGGGGGAGUUGCUUCUCGACCGGCACAAUUUCACCAUAAUGACGAAAUACAUCAGCAAGCCGGAGAAUCUCAAACUAAUGAUGAACCUGCUGCGGGACAAGAGCCGCAACAUCCAGUUUGAGGCUUUCCAUGUUUUUAAGGUGUUUGUGGCCAACCCCAACAAGACUCAGCCCAUCCUGGACAUCCUGCUGAAGAACCAAACCAAACUCAUCGAGUUCCUCAGCAAGUUCCAGAACGACAGAACGGAGGAUGAACAGUUCAACGAUGAAAAGACUUACCUGGUCAAACAGAUCAGGGACCUCAAGAGGCCCACCCCCCAGGAGGCCUGAGGAAGGUGUGCAGAGGUGGGGGUGGGGGGGGGAGCAGCCACCAGGAUGACAACGUCUGCCUAACGGACCCAUCAGCAGCUGCUCUUCUGGUUUCUGAACAAACAAAUGGAAAAAAAACCAACGUACCCAUAUCAACUCAUCAGGAAGUCGCCAGCUCCUCCGCGUCUCAGUGAACAUUUGAUUACUUCUUUUUUUGUUUUUAGUCUUUUUUCCUUCAAAAAGAAAUACGAGAAAAUAAUAGACGCUGCUGCUUUCUUGCACAUUGAGACAUGUUAGGUAUGUUCUAAUGACAGUCCAUCAAACAUCGGGACAGAAAAUACAGUACGGCCGACUUCCAGAUAGACACGCACACCAACACACAUCAAGGAACAAAUGUAGACAAGUUUACACACACACACACACAUAUAUGUAUUACAAAAAAACAUGCAUACACACAUACUGCAACAAUAUCAGCUGGAACCGUGUGGUGGAAAUGGUACGAGCAAGUUGAACAUUGGUGUGUUGGUUGCAUGCCUUGAAAUGCGACAGCUCCGCGGCUGUACCCAGCGCCGGCGCCGGCUCCCAUGUUCAGUGCCACAGACUCUGAAAUUUGCACGCGCAUCGCAUCAACCGCUACAGUUCUCGUAUCAUCGCCUUCAUCCAAUAAAACAACGGUGGCUCAUUUUAGCGGUUUUCGUGGGGGGGAGACGAGCUCUCUGAUGCCAUCACUUAGAACCAUUUACCUCCCGUGUGCUUCGUUUUACGACACGGCACUUGAAGCACGCGAGGAAACGAGGGGGGGUGAAGGGGAUGAGAGUCGGGUCUCUUUUAUUGUUUGUUUUGGGACAGGGUGAACAUGUACAUAUGCCUUUUUGUUUUUUUGCUUUGUAGAUUUGUUUUUGUUUAACCUUAACAUAUGAAUAUAUAUUAUAUAUAUAUUACUUUAAACAUCACGGUUUUGGUUAAUUGUAAUCAAAUUACUUUCUAAACUAUAAAAGAAACAAGUUAAGUGACGUUGUUUUUUUGCAUUUCAUUUUACUGCUGAUAAAAUGGUUGCUGUUGGGUUUCUUUGUACAUAACUUAAAGGGCCGGCUCACAUUUAGCUAACCUCGUCUAGGAUAUUAACAAUUUGUACAGCGGAGGAAUGUCGCGGUGUUGGCUCUGGAUCUGUUCUUCUUCUUCUUACUCUCAUCUACAUUGUGAGCGUCUCUCAGACGGCUGGAGACCUGCAGGAGGGGAUUGGGAGAGCAUUAAGUGAGACAUUAAAGCCUGUGUUUGUGCACUUUGUGAGGUGCUGAGCGAUCAUCAUCAACUAACUGGAGUCGAGGAUAGCGCCCCCCCCCCCCCCCCCUCAAUUUCAUUAACUUGUUUUAUUUCCUCAUCCUCACCACUCUGCUGGUGGCCUGGGAGUGCUGUGUGGCCCCACAGUGAGUGUGAUUCAGGGGUGAGCUCAUCAGGACAUUGGCAACUCAGCCGCCAUUCUUACCCCUCCUCCCUUCUCUUCAGAGGGUUUAUAAUUCCAGUACAAUUGUGAGUGUAAAGCAUUGUGGGUAGCAGAGUACUCUGGGCAUGUUGGAUUGUCCUCGUGGUGCGGAGCUAAACUGAUGAAACCACAGAUUUAUUAAUGUGCAUGUGACCGACAUGGUCCAUGUAAUGAGACAUGAAUUCAUUUUAAAUUAGAAACCAUCUCAGUGCGGAUAGCCGACGGUUCUUCCAUUCGCAUCGAACAUGCAUGCUCCUCACUGGCUGUGCAUGAUGCUGUACUAAAGAUGUUGUACUGGAAUUGUUUCUUUUGUUUCCAAGUAUUUAACAACAUUGAAAUGCCAAAUUAAACCAUUGGCUGUGUGCUGACUUUGACUCCAGGUUCAGCAUAGAGCGCGUGGGUGCUUUCAGAAGUGUCAAAGGCCUGGGCCCUACAAUCGAAAUAAAGAAAAAAAACAUUUGGAAUAAAA